GGAACCACCAAGGAAACUGGAAGAUACCCCAGAUAUCUGCCAGCUUCUCGGGGCAACGAGCUGCCAUAGCAUCAUCUCCAUAUUCUCGUUUUAUUCAAGUUCACGAUAUAGAUCUUUUAUCGGCUCUAGGCCUUGCUGCUAAUAUUCUGCAGUUUGUUCAAUUCGCCUUCGGACUCCUAACCAACGCCCAAAGAAUCCAUCUCUCAGGACCCAGUCCGUCCAGCGAAGAACAGCCUGUUGAGGGGAUACAUGCGAGGCUUCUAGACUUCAAGAAAGACGCUGUUGCAAGGAAGGCCUCAUAGCUACAAUGCGGAUGAAGCCGUCUUUCAAUCGUCGAGGUACUCCGUUGCGUUAGCAGAACUCGUAGAGGAAUGACAAGAAUACUGCAAAAAGCUCCUGGGCAUUACUCGUAAGCUGCAGGUCAAAGAUGGCAUAAAAGCAAGAUGGUGGAAGAGUUUUGAAAUGGCACUGUACGAGACCUGGAAGAAGGAAGAUAUUGAAAGUCUCAAAAGCCGAAUACGUGAUUGUCAGACAGAGAUAGUCAUGCAUCUCUGCCGCAUCUCCAGCGAGAACGCGCAGAUAUCGACUGUCCAACUGCGGCAAUUGAUAGAUGAAACAGAUUUGACCCGCUCAGAGAGGAUACAGCAAUUUGACAGACUUGACAAAAGACUAACGGCAAUAGGCGACGAGAUAGAGCUGAUCACCAAAAAGGUCAUUAAACCCGAUGACUCUGGUAUCGCUCGGGCCUUUAUCAAAGACGAGUUGCAAAUAUUGACGGCCAAUGUCUCUGAACUUUCACUCCUGGAACGAAAAUUCUCCAGAGAGGAGAGAAUUCUUGCAAAUUUGAAUUUCGACCAAAGACCCUCCAGGCACGACGUCAUCGCAGAGGCCACCCUUACAAAAUCAAGUAGCAGAUAGAGGAAUAACUGAGUGCAAUAUCUUGGAUACCUUCGUCUACCGUGUGUUCUAAUUAAAUUCGACCUACGCAAACAGUACUAUUGCCCCCAUAAGUGGGAUGUCAUCUCGGCCAAAAAAAUCAGCAGAGGUCUAGUCUCUAGUCUGCAGCUGGCUUUCCCAGACUCACAGACUCUGUACAUGUAUUUUUGAUUUGCU